AAAAUUUGUGAUGGCGGCGGCGAUGCUGAAGGUUAGUCGACGUUAAAUAAACAAAUUACCGCUGAAAAAUAUGAUAAACUCCGUCGACUCGGCCGAAAUAGGACGUCGACCGUUAAGAUUGUUUUACAAUUCAAUCGCGGAUUACACGAUAGCGGACGAUUACUUGGUGAAACGUGCCAACGAUAUUCAAAUUCACCUGGCAUCGAACUCGAAAAAUAGACUUCAUUUUUGUUUACCGUCUAAUAAUCACUUUAACGAUACGAUAAUUAGACGAUCAAUUAAAUGGAUAAAUCACAGUUCACAUUCGAGGACAAGUGGCCAUGUAUGCGACCCAUUAUAUUGAAACUACUUAAGCAAGAACCGGUGACGCAAGCUGAAUGGCAAGAUUUAUUUUACUCAGUCCAAGUAUGCCUUUGGGACGACAAAGGACCUCCCAAAUUACGGGAUGCUCUGAGGGAAGAUAUAAUGGAUUUUAUAAGACAAGCUCAACAGAGAGUUUUAGCGCAUCAAGAAGACCAAGCAUUGUUGAAAGCAUACAUAGCAGAGUGGAGAAAGUUUUUUACACAAUGUAACUAUUUACCGACGCCAUUUAGGCAAUUAGAAACCUAUCUCGCAGGGAAAACUAGCUCGAAUAUACAAAAAAGGAAUCAACCCGAUGACAUUGUUAGAAAAUUGAUGUUGGAUAGUUGGAACCAAAGUAUAUUCAAUGAAAUAAAGCAAAGACUUCAAGAUUCGGCCAUGAAAUUGGUACACGCUGAGAGAAACGGUGAAGCAUUCGACUCACAGCUGGUUAUUGGGGUCAGGGAAUCUUAUGUAAACCUGUGUUCAAAUACAAACGACAAGCUCCAGAUAUACAGGGAGAAUUUCGAGGCAGCUUACAUAGAGGCUAGCGAGAGGUUUUACUGGGUGAAAGCGCCGGAGUACUUGUCCGCACACGGCGUGGAAAACUACAUGCGUUACGCCGAUUCCAAGUUGAGGGAGGAGGAACUACGCGCGCAGAAGUACUUGGAGCCAAAUAGCGCGAGUAUACAACGAUUGACAGACUGUUGUGUGAGAGUGUUAGUGGCCACGUUCAAAGUAGCCAUACUUACGGAGUGUCCACAGAUGAUCCAGCAUCAUCAAACCGACAAACUUCGUCUAAUGCUAAAGCUAAUGGACAGGGUCCCCGACGGCGUUGGUCCCAUGUUGAAGAAUCUGGAGGACCACAUCGCAAGCGCCGGUCUGGCGGACAUGAUGGCAGCUGUAGACAUUAUUACGCAAGACUCCGAGAAAUACGUGGAAAGACUGUUGGAUCUCUUCCGUAGAUUUUCUACGCUCGUUAAAGAGGCGUUCGACGAUGACCCGCGGUUUCUUACGGCACGAGACAAAGCUUACAAGCUCGUUGUCAAUGAUGCAACGGUAUUUAAAUUAGAAUUGCCUUGUCGGCAGAGUUCCGGACUCGGUGGUUCGGCAGUUUUAAACAGCAAACCUCCUGUUAACAAUACCGGACAGCCCGAGUCGAAGUGUCCGGAACUCCUUGCGAAUUACUGUGAUAUGCUCCUUAGGAAAACACCCCUCAGUAAGAAAUUGACUUCUGACGAGAUCGAAAGUAGGUUGAAGGACGUGCUAUUGGUGUUGAAGUACGUUCAAAACAAGGACGUGUUCAUGCGUUAUCACAAGGCACACUUAACCAGACGAUUAAUAUUGGACACGUCCUCGGAUUCGGAAAAGGAGGAGAACAUGGUAGAAUGGCUUCGGGAAGUAGGGAUGCCCGCAGAUUAUGUGAACAAGUUAGCCCGUAUGUUUCAAGAUAUUAAAGUGUCUCAAGAUCUGAAUCAACAAUUCAAGGAGCAAUGUCGUGCAGCUCUUGCAGAUAGCAUUAAUAUCAAGAUACUCAAUGCGGGUGCGUGGGCUCGAGGUAGCGAACGCGUUACUGUGAGCCUGCCUCUUCAACUGGAAGACUAUAUCCCAGAGGUUGAAGAAUUCUACAAAAAGAAGCACAGCGGACGGAAAUUGCUGUGGUAUCAUCACAUGUCUAACGGCACGAUCACUUUUUCGAAUCAAGUGGGACGCUUCGACGUGGAUGUAACGACCUUCCAAAUGGCGGUGCUAUUCGCGUGGAAUCAACGACCUCUUGAGAAGAUUUCAUACGAGAAUCUCCGAUUAGCUACCGAACUUCCGGAUCCUGAACUGAGACGGACUCUGUGGUCUCUGUGUGCCUUCCCGAAGUUAAAAAGGCAACUUCUCUUGGUGGAACCGCAUGCCCAUACCCCGAAAGAUUUCGGAAAUGAUACGAGAUUUUGGGUCAAUCAGGAAUUCGCUAUUGUGAAAAACGGCAAGUUACAGAAACGAGGGAAGAUCAACUUGAUAGGACGUCUUCAAUUAUCAACGGAGCGUAGCAAGGAGGAGGACAACCAAUCUAUCGUACAACUCAGAAUAUUACGAGUACAGGAGGCUAUCAUCAAGAUUUUAAAGAUGCGCAAGACGAUCGGCAACGCUCAGCUACAAACCGAACUAGUGGACAUACUGAAAAACAUGUUUCUACCGAGUAAGAAGAUGAUAAAGGAACAGAUAGAAUGGCUCAUUGAACACAAGUAUAUUAGCAGGCACGACGAUGACAUUAAUACAUUUGUGUAUGUAGCGUAACACGGAAUUAUGACAUAUACGUAUAGGAUUCGAACUAUGUGGGUAAUAUUAUAUUUUUAUAUAAAAAAGAUUUAAUUUUCUCGUGUGCGAGGAUAUAAUACGUUCGAGUCCGCCGUAUGCCGCUAGAUUUUCUGCUUGUUUUGCGCGUUUUGAUAUUCUCACGAGGCGAAAAGGAAGAGCGAUGUAUUUGGUUGGAUCCCUCGAGAUAAGAAACGUAAAUGGGGCAAGUGUCAUAUCGCAUCUACUCAACAAUCGACGAUACAUUGUCACAUAUGAGUAAAACCUGAUGUUAUAGAUAUCAUUCAACUGGAGAAAAUAUCGCAAUAAUGAGAAAACGACCACGUACAACUUACGGUGCCAUGCGAUCGACAUCGUGUAUGCCGUACCAUUCCUUAGGUGGAAAAUUACACAAUUUUCAGCCUUAUACACAAUCCAUAAAGUUGAGAAUGAACAACCAUAAGAUUAAACAUCGCGUAAAUAACCCUAUAAAGGCCAGUUUCAGAAUCUCAUAUUAAUUUAAUCGGUCAAUUAAGUGUCAGCGGUGGUUGCUUAUUUCUAGUCAGUUUUGCUCAACGACAAAUGCAAUUUAUCAAUUCCGUUGAGUUAACCGUCGGUUGAACUUAACCAGAAUUGGUGAAAGUCAUCUUAUUACAAGAAUCAAAGAGAAAAGCUGUGUAUAUCAGAAGUUUGCUGGGAAAUCAAACCUGGGAUCUUCCACUUGCCACUUACUCUUAUCACUGAGCUACGUAGGCUCCCGUCCCACUCUCUCUCUCUCUCUCUCUCGCCCUCUUAUUAGAUACUUGUCAAGAUGGUAUUUCCCUAAUUCGUUUUAUAUCUUGUACAAUGAUAUUAUAUUGGCUCGAAUUGUAAUGAUUUUACUUUUAUAUUUACACGAUUUUUAAUCUUACGCAAUUUUUAAUCUUAUAGUUGUGAUCAUUCUCAACUUUAUGGAUUGUGUAUAAGGGUGAAAAUUGUGUAAUACUGAAAAACAUGUAAUUUUUUUAUCUAGAAAUGGUACAGCGUACAUAACGCCGAUUGCACUAUGAAAAAUGAAGCUUGCAAUACGUCAUUCGUUUCGGCGUCGAUUUAUACCAAUCUACGUAAACGAACAUUGAAUUAGAAGAGAUCUCGGAUUAAAUUGAGAACAGACAAAUUUCGAGUGAACACUAACGCUGUUUCAAUUGUCUAUAUUUCACCAAAAAUACUUUUGUCAGAUGUGUAUGUGUACAUACACACAUAUAAACACACACACACAAUAUAUAUAUAUAUAUAUAUACAUAUAUAUAUAUAUAUAUAUAUAUAUAUAUACACACAUAUAUAUAUAUAUAAUUUUUUUUUUAGUUCGUACUGCGUUAAAUUUCUCAAAAGAAAAGAGGGAUAUUUUACAAUGUCAACGCAAUUGACGAGAAUUUGGCACUAAGGACGUCGGUAGAUCCUUGCACAAAUCUGAAGACGACAGACUUGCACGUGUAUAUGUACAUUGACUUAAAUUCAAUCUCGUAAACAAUAAAAAUUCGCAUAUACUUGAAUAAAUAUAUACAUACUGUACUGUUUUUUGCAUACAAACUUACUCAUCGCUAAUAGAUGUCAACUACCGCGAGAAUUUCCUUCGGGUUUGCUACCUGCUCGUCUUCGAGUCGUGUAACACAUUCUUGAUUUAGUCCUAGAGUUUAUAAUGGUUUGUAAUCAAGUUGCGGACGGCGUUCGCGCGAAGACGUUCGUAAUUCAUUAAUUUUCAAAGUAUACAUUAAAAGCCCGACGAAUAUAUAAUGUUCGAUGGCCUAUAAAUACUUUAUAAUGUGUAAGCAUGUACCUCGCAACAUCAAACUUGAUUUUCGAGCGGUGAUAGAGAUAUUCGUGUAUUUUUAUGAUUUCUACAUCUGGUUUAGUCAUUGGGAUGGUUCGAAUCGUCGGAUUAAACCGGAAAGUAGUUACUUAAGCAAAAUAAUGACGCGUGACGUGCGGUUAUAUGUAUAAAGCUUUUAUAUCACUUAAAUAAGUGACAGACGAGUGUAAUGGUAUAAAAUUUCAAUGAAUUAAACGACAGAAUAUUUCAUAA